CUUGCUUGUUGCUCUUCAGUUUUCCUCGUUGUGCCCCAGCUGAUCUCGUCUUCGCAACCUACUCAUCAUGGCUUCCGCAAAGCUCGCGCAGUUGAUCAUCCGAACGCUAGCGAAACCCAUAAGCAACCAAAUCAAGAUACAAGCCAAGCAGCAUGAGACGUUCCGCACGUUCUGUGUUGCCCUUGCGCAGCGCAUGUACCAGACAGAAGUGCGGCUGCGCACGAACCUCCUUGGGGAGCCUGCGAAGCACGUCCGACCUCUCUCCGAAACCAAGGCCAUCGAGAACGGCGCGAACGCGCUUGCAGAAGGGUUCCUGUUCACAGUCGCAGCGGGGUUGAUUAUCGCGGAGACAUGGCGCAGCUCGCGGAAUCAGACGAAGCGACGAGACUCGGUCGACGAAUCGUUGGACGAGCUCAAGGAGUGCGUGGGCGAACUCUCGAAGCGUAUGGACUCGCUCGAGAAGGCCUACGAGGAGCGGCUUGCGGAGCAGUCUCUGCGCCAUGAUGAGAUUGCACGAAUACUGCACCGCGUCGUGGAGAUUGGGUUGAGAGGAGGCUGGGCCGAGUUUGAGGGCACCCCGUUGCAGCUACCCCGAAUCGAGCUCGCUCGGAAGUCGCCGUCGUCUUCCGACUCUCCAUCCACAAGCACCUCAUCAGAUACCCCAUCAGAUUCUAGUGAACCCUCACCUGCAUAAUGAGAUCUCGUCAACAUGCUUUCCGCCGCAUAUAAUCGUAUAUAUAUUCUUAGAUCUAAUAGAGACAGC